GGGCCGGCAGGAUGAGAGGGUCUAGACGAAUGUUUCCUAACGUAUUCUGCAUCCUCUGGCUCCCACUUCUGUUGACGGCUGCCUCUGCCUCCCCUCUCGCCAGUGGAAACGACCCGUCGGCCCCUUCGCUCUUCUCCGGGGUGUACGAAGGACACACGUGUGUCGGCUGUGUGCUUGUGGUCUCUGUGGUUGAACAGCUUGCACAGUGGCACAACAGCACAGUAAAGGCAGCCUUGGAGAGACUAUGCAACUACAUACCUGAAGAUCUUCAAGGUUUCUGCUAUCUACUUGCUGAAUUUUAUGGACCGCACCUAGCUGAACUCAUAGACAGGGAAAUGAAUGCCGAUGUGGUGUGCCAUUCCUUGAAGCUGUGUAAACAGGAUCCCGGACAACCACUUUGUCAUCUCUACCCUCCUCCUAAGGUGGGGCUAAGUACUGCAAUAAGGAAAGCAAAAAGAAUUAUGAAGACUUCCAGGGACCUGAAAAGCAUCACGGGGUUCUCAAAUUUAUGUGCUUUUCCCGUUCUGGAUAAGCUGUGCGAGAAGAUUAAAUAUGUCAUAAGGAAUAAAUUGCCUUUUGAAGAUUUUGACGGAGAUAAAUUUAGUACCUUCCCAACUUUGAGGGGCUAUCACUGGCGAGGCAGAGACUGCAAUGACAAAAACGCCACUGUGUACCCUGGCAGGCGUCCUGAUAAUUGGGAUGUGAACAGUGAUUCUAACUGUAAUGGCAUAUGGGGGGUGGAUCCAAAAGAUGGAAUUCCCUAUGAGGAGAAAUUCUGCAAAGGUGCGGACUCCCGAGGGGUCGUUCUGCUGGGGGACUCGGCUGGAGCCCAUUUCCACAUCCCUCCCGAGUGGAUGACGGUCACGCAGAUGUCAGUGAAAGCAUUUGCUAAUCUCCCCAUGGCUUUCACUGAUGAGCUUGACUGGCCCCAGUUCUCUGAAUUCACAGGAUUUCUGAACUCCACAAUUGGAGGUUGGACAGACUCUCUGUAUCUACGUUUACGCAGGAGAAAUCGGUGCAAUCACAGAGACCUGCAGAAUAUUUCCCAAAACG